AUGACGCUCAUCUUCGUGCCGGCCCGGCGGCUGGUCCUCCUGGUGGCCAAGCUGCAGGAGCUGGAGGAAUGCUUACGGCGCCCGAGGCCGCUGUCCCCCGGGAUGCCGCAGAUGUCCGCCGAGAUGUACGGCCGCAUGUCGAGCCUGCACACCAUGGCCAUCAUGAUGCCUGUGCAUACCCAUAUGGAGUUUUGCCCUGUUGUCAUCAUUGUGAAGACUAUAUCUCACUUAUAUCGAGUGUGGCUUCCGUCUCGUCUGAAGGUUUUUCUUCCCCGUCAUAACUAG